UUAAGAGGUUGACUUGAAGAUUUCUAUCUUCUGGAGGCCUUGAACAUAUUCUUUUGAAUCACAAAUCGAUUACUCCAGAAUUUUGGAACCAAACACUAGCCCUAAACAAAAUUAAAAAGUCGAUCAGAUCUCUGGAUCACCAACGAGGAAACGAUCAUCACCAACACCAACCGAUAGGGAUUAUUGUCUACAAAAACGAAUCAGGAAACUUCUGUCUCGUCCAGAGGCUUUCGGAGCGCCAACGGUCGGAAUGCACGGGGAGAGGGGGAGAGAGAUUCUCUUUACCGGUCGUGAAGUAAAUCUCGAUCAUGGCUGUCACGGAUUCCAUUUUCGGACAGCAUCUUCCAUUCGCAGGCUCUGGAAUUCCGCAGCCGAAACAUAAGGUUCUGAUCUGCUUCUCGUUCGUGGCGGAAACAUGUUUGGAUUUUUCAAGUCGCCGGGAAACAACCUCUCGAACGAAUCCAACAGCAAGGGGACGAUAAAUCCGGGAAGAAGAACUUCGUCAGAGCCGAUCCUUAUCACCCCGGAUUUCGAUCAUCCGAGCUCGAAAGACAAGUACAAGGACGAUUUCCGAGACUCGGGGGGUCUGCAGAGCCAAACGACGGAAGAUCUCGAGAAAUAUGCGGUGUAUAAAGCCGAGGAAACCACCAAGGGAGUGAACAAUUGUCUGAAAAUCGCUGAGGAUAUAAGAUCGGAUGCCACGAGAACGCUCGAUAUGUUGCAUCAGCAAGGCGAGCAGAUCAACAGGACUCAUGUCAUGGCUGUCGAAAUGGAUAAAGAUCUCAGUCGGGGUGAGAAGCUUCUGAACAAUCUGGGAGGAAUGUUCUCGAUGCCAUGGAAGCCGAAGAAGACAAAACAUAUCGCUGGACCUAUGAUCACACCUGCAGAUAAUCCGAGCAAGCAAAGCGAGAAUCGAAAGGAGCAGAGAGAAAAACUCGGUUUGGCCCCAACGGGGAACAAAGGGCGAUCCCGCAGCCAAACGCCUCCUCCCGAACCGACGAAUGCAUUGCAGAAAGUCGAGCAAGAGAAGGCUAAGCAAGAGGAUGGACUGUCGGAUCUAAGCGACAUUUUGGGAGAUCUGAAGAGCAUGGCCGUCGACAUGGGAAGUGAACUCGACAGGCAAAACAAGGCUCUUGAUCAUCUCAGCGAUGAUGUCGAUGAACUCAACUCUCGUGUUAAAGGCGCUAAUCAACGUGCCCGUCACCUGCUUUCCAAAUGAAACACGUUUCCUCACAAACAAAAAAAACAUCAUACCUUGUCAAUAUACGUAUAUAUAUACGUAUUUUAUUGUCUGUCUUUGCUUCUUCUGGCCCCAAACAUUCUCCUGUAUUUCUUUCUCAAUAUCAAAAGAUUGUUUUUUAUUUUUGUUGGAUCUUUAUUCAUGUUGUUCUUGCUGAUUUGGUACGGACGUGUACCAGAUUCAGUUUAGUCAUUAACCGUAAGGAGACAAUUCCAAUGUCUGAUACAAAGAAAGAUCCACAAGCAUCUACAUCACAGUAUGUGACCACACUACUUCAGACAGUGUUCCUACGAGAUGGGAUUAUUAUUGUCGGCGUACAAAACCGUACAUUUAUAGACGUGUGUAUGUUCAGACGGUCCAUAGAUACAUUACAGAUAUAAGGUGACAAUCAA